AGACCCCUAAACGGUUUGCCAGCCCACCUCUCCCUGAAAGUAAAUGGAAAAACACAAUCCCGUUUUAUUGGCCAGAGACAAAUGCGCAACUUGGAUGAAUGCAUUUAUCAUGGUCGCCAAUCUCCAACGCGUAAAAGGAAUUAUUUUCUCAAUCUCUUUGUGUUUUAUUGCCACUGUAGUGGUCGCGCAGUAUGACAACUACAACUUUAGACAUUUCCCACAAGAGGAGCUCAUGCCAAUCGAGUCUGCGUAUGCACAAGGCUUGGACAAUUAUGCCUCAGAAAAUUGGUCGGACUGUAUCAAAUUCAUUGAAUUAAGUUUACGCCUGCAUCGACUUCUGAAAGACAGCGUGACAUACUGCAUACGAAACUGUAAUGCCAGUCAUGUACAGCUACAGGAGCCUGUCAUGGCAAGCAGCACCGGGGAUAUGCAGAUCUUCUGGCGCAUUUUGAUGCGGGCAUCAUGCCUGAAAAAGUGCAGGAUGCACUUCCCUGCCCUGUCGCUCCCUUACCCUAGAAAAGAGGUUAUGGAUGAUUUCGAUAAUAGGUUGCCCUACCGUUACAUGUACUUUGCUUAUGUCCAGACGGAUGACCUCCAGAAGGCGUUGGCGUCAGCCCACACCUAUCUACAGAGAAACCCAGAGGACCCGGUCAUGACACGGCACAUGAACCAAUACAAAAGAGAGUUUGACUUGGAGGGCGCGCUCAUUGACCACGAGGAACGCCCCUAUGAGGUUAGCUUCCUGAAAGCGGUCACCCUGUUCAACUCUGAGGACUUCAGCAGCAGUAUCAGUCACAUGGAGCAGGCCCUCAGCCAGUACCUCCAGCAGUACAGCCUGUGUCAGGCCAUGUGCCACGGGGCCUGCGACGCUGACCUCCCCCAAACUAAAGACCUGUACCCCACACUGGCAGAUGCCUAUGUUGACGCACUGAGAUGCGAGGUGAAGUGUGAGGAAAACCUAAUGCCAAAUGUUGGCGGCUACUUUGUGGAGAAAUUCAUCGCCACUAUGUAUCACUACCUGCAAUUUGCUUAUUAUAAGUUAAAUGAUGCCCGCAGUGCAGCCCCCUGUGCGUCCAGCUACGUGCUCUUUGACCCCGAGGACAAGGUCAUGAGGCAGAAUAUGUUAUACUACCAGUCUUACAGAGAGCAGUGGGGCCUGGAUGACCACAGCUUCACACCCAGAGUGGAAGCAUUGAGGUACUACAACCAUACCACCUUGCUGAAACAGAUGCUGGCAUUUGCAGAGAACUACUUGCAGUCUGAGGACUUUUUGGGUCCAGAAGAAGCUGCCAUGGAGGACUCCUCUGAUGUUGAGUUUGAAGGGAUUGGAGACUAUCAGGAAUCAAUCCUGGCUAGAUGGUCACAACCCAAAGCUAAAGGGGACGUUGGUGAUUCCUAAGAGUUUGUUCUUGACUAAUGAUGAAUAAAAACAGAAAGACAAUGCGUUUUCACACUUCAAUUUUUAUUUCUCUUCAUUCUCUUCCCCAAUUUCUCAUCGUUAAAAUGUUAUCACCUGUUCCUAUUAGGUCUUAAAAAACAUAUGAAGUCAAUAAUCGAUAUCUGUUCCAGAAUUGUAAUUCAAAUAUACAGUUGCAGGGAGGUCAAAAUAAAUAAAUAAAACUAGAGAAUUUGCACACAUCACACAUGGAAAAAAGGAUAAGUCGAACUCAAGUCCUAAACAGUACACCAAAAGUAAAUAACCUCAAAGCGACGCUAUUCUAUAGAAAUGCAAUACGUAUCCUGGAAUCACUAGGCCGGGAAGCAAUGCACAGUUAAUUAUACACAAAAUGUACACAUUUUCACUGUUGUGGUUCCAAGUCUGCUAUUUAAAGAUAUUGCAGGUUAUCUAAGUACACUGGUAUUUGAUAGGUCAGUCCAAUACAAAUGGUUUUAUGAAUACCUCUGCAUAUAUUGUACAAAUACACAUGGAUUAUGUUUAUAUGUACAGCCAAUGCUAUUCCACCAAUGCUAUUCCACUCAUACAAAGGCUGUUAAGUGCUCCACUCAGGAGGGUUGGUAAGUCUGCCAAGACUGUGUGGGGGUCAAAUGAAAAACUAGAAAUUAGACUAAAGAGAUCAAACAUUUGGAUGACAGAGGGCCAUUUGGCUAUUAUCUCUUGAUUAAGGUCUACCACAUCGCCUGUAUUAAUCUGUCUCCACAUUUCUGGUCAACCCGAAACAACCUUUUUGUCAACCCCAAAGCAGUCUUUUGGUCAACUCCUAAACGGUCUAUUAAAUUCAAGAAUUUCCGAUAACACAGUGCUCAGUGUAUUAAUGGUCCCAAAA